UCUCGUAUAUAAAACUCACAUGAGGUGACUUACCGUUAGCAGUGCAUAGUAAACUAACUAGGCCAACAAUUGAUUCGGCCCUGAUGAUGAUCAUAUUUAUCGUGUUUCAAUCCCUUGUCUUUGGGGUUCUCGUCCAAGGAGCCACGAAAGAUGUAAAUGACACAGAAAAUGCCUUUAGUAUGAUCCUUGAAGCCAACAGCAGACAAACGUACAGAAGAGAUGGUGUUGAGCUGUUCCAGGGAGAUAUUAUUAUGACAGAUGACAUCAGGUCUGAGCUAAGAAGCAAGGGUUUGUAUCCUUAUGCUCAAWAUACACAAAAACCCAAGAAAAACAAGAGACCAAAAAGAGCUGCCAUGUCUAAUAAAUCGAGACUAUGGAUGGACGCGAAUGGACGCCCACUGAUCCCUUACGYCAUUGAACCAAGUAAUUAUCACGCUCGAGCGGUAAUAAAGAGCGCCAUACGACACUGGACACAACACGUACCGUGCCUUCAAUUCGUAAGAAGAACACACCAAAGCUCRUAUCUCAGCUUCUUUUCCGGAGGGGGGUGUUAUUCUAAUGUCGGAAGGGUAGGUGGACGCCAGAGAAUAUCCAUUGGUCCGAGAUGCGAUCGUUUGGCAAUUGUUGUCCACGAGAUUGGACACGCUCUUGGAUUCUGGCAUGAGCAGUCCAGGCCAGACAGAGAUCGUUACGUCAAGAUUUAUUGGAACAACAUUACACCACAGUUUAGAUUCGCCUUCGAGAAGUAUUCUGGUGGUCGCAUCAACAGCCUGGGUGUUCCUUACGACUAUGACAGUGUUAUGCAUUACGGCUCCACAGCUUUUGGUCGAGGUCGCACGACUAUCACUCGAAUCAAUGGUGAUAAGCGGUUGGGUAAUAGAAGAGGACUGAGCCCCGCUGAUAUCAAACAAGCCAGGUUACUCUAUUGUGGAUCAAUACCGCCUACCAGUCCUCCUCGACCAGCUACACGCCCACCUACAGGCUGUCARCAUCAAGAUCUGAGUUCUUGGUGUGAUUACUGGUCGAAAAAAGGGUAUUGCUACUCCAGUAGUUCUCACUAUUCAUAUAUGUUGAAAAACUGCAAGAAAACAUCUCCCUGUCAAGACAAGAACAAAAACUGCAGUGCUUGGAGUAGUAACGGGAAUUAUUGUUCAACCYACAAAGAAUACAUGCAAGUCUACUGUAAAAAGAGCUGUAGAAUGUGURCAUAA